UGUAGAAUUAGUUGGGAAAAGGAGAGAAAAUUUGGGGGAAAAUGAAUGUGAAGCGACCAAUUCAAAGCGAGGUUGUGGCGAAGAAGUGUCGAAUCUGAAAUCCUUGUGAGAGAGGAGAGCGCUAAACGACUAUGGCGAUGCUAGAAAGCAUCGUCGUUUUCACCCUACUCCUUAUUUUGAUCCUUAUCAUUAUUCUCAUCUUUCUCGCCUUCAAACCAUGGAGCUUCUUCCCUUUCUCCCUUUUCUCAUUCUCUUCUCGCUCUAGCACCGUCAAGGAUGAUGACGUUGAGAGGCCUCUAGUAUCAGAUGAUGUCAAUCUCACUCGAGACCAAAGCAAUGAUUUGACAAGAAAUUAUGAUUUAGAGGGAGCAUGUUACCAAAAUGAAGCUCUUCUGUGUCCACCUCGUAAUGAGGGACUUGCUCACAAACAGCGGAUCCCCUCCGCAUCUUCCCAUUUGGAUCAGGGCGAUAGCUUGGUGCUAGAUGUGAUAUCUGAUCCUUCAGAGGAUAUUUUGGUUGGGCAGACGCUAAAGCGCCCAUUGGCCACAGAGAAACUAAUUGAAGCGCUAAAACUUAGUAGACCUGAAAAUCAAAGUCAAAACAGUAUACAAGAGUUUGUCCCCAAGGCUAUCAGUGAUCAACUUAGAAGUGCUGGAAGUUGCCUCUCCCUUGAGGUUGUCUCUGGUCCUUCUCGUGGAUCUCGUUGUUCUGUACAGUCAACAAACACUUCAAGGCUGCGGUUGACCCUAGGGAGAGUUUCUCCAAGUGAUUUGUUAUUGAAAGAUGCAGAGGUUUCCGGAAAACAUGCGAUGGUAACUUGGAAUUCAAAUAAACUUAAAUGGGAGCUGGUGGACAUGGGUAGCCUCAAUGGAACACUAUUGAAUUCUCGACCAAUUAAUAAUCCUGAUACUGGAAGUAGGCAAUGGAGCCACCCUGUGGAACUUGCAAGUGGAGACACAAUUACUCUUGGCACUACCUCGAACAUACAUGUUCAUAUUUCAUCCCAAAAUGAGUGCCUGGUGCCUUUUGGAGUUGGUAUGAUCUCGGACCCUAUGUCAUUGCGUCGAGGAGGAAAGAAGCUUCCCAUGGAAGAUGUUUGCUUUUACCAGUGGCCUCUUCCUGGCAUUGAACAGUUUGGGGUGUUUGGUAUAUGCGAUGGACAUGGUGGUGUUGAGGCUGCUCAAUAUGCGAGCAAGAUUCUGCCUGAGAUGCUUGCUACCAUUUUAUCAGAUUUUGUUAAAAGAGAGAGGGUUUCGUCACAACAUGAUGCUUCUGAUGUUCUUAAAGAUGCAUUCUCUCGCACAGAAGCGAGCAUGAAUCACUAUUAUGAGGGCUGUACUGCAACAGUUCUUCUGGUUUGGGCUGAUGAUGGUGGAAAUUUCUAUGCACAAUGUGCAAACGUUGGGGAUUCAGCUUGUCUUAUUAAUCUCGGAGAUGAGCAAAUUAAAAUGACAGAAGACCAUAAACUAACUAGUUAUUCUGAAAGGUGUCGCGUUGAAGCUUUAGGGGAGCCGCUAAAAGAUGGGGAAACACGAAUAUGCGGUUUGAACCUUGCAAGGAUGCUCGGAGACAGAUUUCUGAAGCAGCAAGAUUCACGUUUUAGUUGCGAGCCCUACAUAAGCCAACCAGUGCAUAUCAAUCAAACAAAUGGGACAUUUGCACUACUAGCAAGUGAUGGAUUCUGGGAUGUUGUUAGUGUUAGGAGGGCAAUCCAGUUAGCUGCGCAGACGAGGGAGGGGUCGAAGGAGGAGAAAUUGGCAGAGGAGAUUGCACAUGUGCUGUUGAAUGAGGCUAGAACACAGCGAACAAGGGACAACACCUCAAUUAUUUUCUUAGAUUUUGACACCAUAUCUAUGAGAAUAUCUUGUAAAGUUGAUGCUUCUUAAAAUCAGUUUUUUUUUAGGUUGAAAAACUAGACAAAUGCUAUUUUCAUUUACAGCUACAAACUUAUGUUUUUUUCCUAAACUUUUGAUUUUUCAACCCUUAAUUUGCUAUUUUCAUUUCUAGUU